UUCCCAGAAAACACGUGACAUGCGCUGAGAGUGGCGGUUCAGCUCAUUUACUUCCUCACCUGACGGUUCGUCGCAGCGGGGAGCCUUUCUUUCUCCGCUUUGAAAACCUUUCACCUGAUUAACUUGUUUUAUAAACACUUUAACCUCAGUUUCUUCCCUUACAUUUACACUUUCAUAACUUUUUGCCGUAUGGGACGGAACGUAUUUUCUCCAUUCUACUAUGGAUGAGGAGAGAGAGGAGGGGGAUUCUACCCCUAAGACCGCUCUGUCUGGGGAACUCGGCCGCCGGAGCAAAGCUAAGAGCCCAGAGCAGCAGCAGAGAGCAGACUCCCCUGGACCCAGUUGUGUCUCCAUGCAGAGUGACUGGUCUAUGAAUCCACCUUGGAACUUUAAAGAUGGAAAUCACCAACCUUCUAAGAAAAGACAACAGGAGAAGUCAAAGGUCACCAGUGCUCAGUCUGUACAGCAGCAUCAAACAGAGCUGGAGAUGAACCAGGAGGAACUGGCCGACACACUGGGGGGCGGAUCUGAUGCUUUCGAGUGCCAACAUAAAAUCAAGUCUCGUUUGACAAAGAAGUUCAGGUGUGUGUUUGAGGGAAUCGCUAAAGCAGGACAGCGAACAGAUCUGAAUGACUUCUACUCAGAGAUUUUCAUCACAGAGAGAGGCAGUGGAGAGGUCAACAAGGAACAUGAGGUCAGAUUGAUUGAAACAUCUUCCAGGAAACCAGCCAUGGAGGAUACACCAAUAAGAUGUGAGGACAUUUUUAAACCCUUACAUGGAAAAGAUCAAGCAAUCAGGACAAUAAUGACAACUGGAGUGGCCGGCAUUGGUAAAACCAUCUUAACACACAAGUUCACUCUGGACUGGGCUGAAGGCAAAACCAACCACGACAUACACUUCACAUUUCUCCUCACUUUCAGAGAGUUGAAUUUACUGAAAGGGAAAGAGUUUAGCUUGAUGGAACUUCUUCAUCACUUCUUUAUUGAGACCAAAGAAGCAGGAAUCUGCAGAUUCCACCGGUUCCAAGUUGUCUUAAUCUUGGAUGGUCUGGAUGAGUGUCGACUUCCUCUGGACUUCAAGAGAAACCAGAUCUGGACUGAUGUCACAAAGUCCACCUCGGUGGACGUGCUGCUGACAAACCUCAUCAGGGGCGACCUGCUCCCCUCCGCUCGCAUCUGGAUAACCACACGCCCUGCGGCAGCCAAUCAGAUCCCUGCUGAGUGUGUUGACAUGGUGACAGAGGUGAGAGGGUUCACCGACCCACAGAAGGAGGAGUAUUUCAGGAAGAGAUUCAGAGAUGAGACGCUGGCCAGCACAAUCAUCUCCCACGUCAAGAAAUCACGAAGCCUCCACAUCAUGUGUCACAUCCCACUCUUCUGUUGGAUCACUGCUACAGUUCUGGAGGACUGCUUCAAAACAUCCCAGAUAGGAGAAGAGAUGCCCAAGACCGUGACUCAGAUGUACAGCUACUUCUUGAGGGUUCAGUCCAUACAGGGGGACAGGAAGUACCAUGGGAGAGCUGAAACAGAUACAGACUGGAGUUCAGAGAGCAGGGAGAUCAUUGUUUCUCUGGGAAAACUGGCUUUUAACCAGCUGGAGAAAGGCCACCUGAUCUUCUACGAGGCAGACCUUGCAGAGUGUGACAUCGAUAUCAGAGCAGCCUCAGUGUACUCAGGAGUGUUCACCCAGAUCUUUAAAGAGGAGUGUGGGCUUUACCAGGACAAGGUGUUCUGCUUUGUCCAUCUGAGCAUCCAGGAGUUUCUGGCUGCCCUUUAUGUCUUCUGGUCCUUUAUCAACACUGGGGUCAAUCUGCUCAAAGAAAAAAAGAACCCUGUGUGUCAAGAUGACCUUCAAGAUGACCGCAUCUUCUCUGUGUAUGGAUUCAGCUACGCUGACGAUGAACUCAGCUCCGAUGAAGAUGAACUCAUCUCCAACACUUGGGUCCAUCUGCUCUCAGAAGAACAACCAACCUCCAGGAAAGUUAAUUUUGUCCUCUACAAGAGUGCAGUGGACAAGGCCUUACAGAGUGAGAACGGACACCUGGACUUGUUCCUCCGCUUCCUCCUGGGCCUUUCUCUGGAAAACAAUCAGAAUGUCCUGCGAGGUCUGCUGGGACAGACAGGAACUAGCUCACUGACCAAUACAAAAACAGUGUCUUACAUCAAGGAGAAGUUAGAUGAUAAUCUCUCUCCAGAGAGAAGCAUCAAUCUGUUCCACUGUCUGAAUGAGCUGAACGACCAUUCUCUAGUGGAGGAGAUCCAACAGUCCCUGACAUCAGGAAGUCUCUUCAAAACACAUGUCUCUCCUGCUCAGUGGUCAGCUCUGGUCUUCAUCUUACUGUCAUCAGAAGAGGAGCUGGACAUGUUUGACCUGAAGAAAUACUCAGCUUCAGAGAAGGGUCUUCUGAGGCUGCUGCCAGUGAUCAAAGCCUCCAAAACGUAUCUGCUUAAUGGCUGUCAUCUGUCAAAGAGUAGCUGUAAAGCUCUGGCCUCAGUUCUCAGCUCCAACUCCUCUAGUCUGAGAGAGCUGGAUCUGAGUAACAAUGAUCUGCAGGAUUCAGGAGUGAAGCUGCUCUCUGCUGGACUGGGGAGUCCACACUGUAGACUGGAAACUCUCAGGCUUAAUGACUGUCAUCUGUCAGAGACAUGCUGUGAAGCUCUGUCCUCAGCUCUCAGCUCCAACAACUCUAGACUGAGAGAGCUGGACCUGAGUAACAAUGAUCUGCAGGAUUCAGGAGUGAAGCUGCUCUCUGCUGGACUGGGGAGUCCACACUGUACACUGGAAACUCUAAGGCUGACUGGCUGUCAUCUGUCAGAGACAUGCUGUGAAGCUCUGGACUCAGUUCUUAGCUCAAACUCCUCUAGUCUGAGAGAGCUGGACCUGAGUACCAACGAUCUACAGGAUUCAGGAGUGAAGCUGCUCUCUGCUGGACUGGGGAGUCCACACUGUACACUGGAAACUCUCAGCUUGUCUGGCUGCCUGGUCACACAGGAGGGCUGUGCUUCUCUGGCCUCAGCUCUGAGCUCCAACCCCUCCCAUCUGAGAGAGCUGGACCUGAGCUACAAUCACCCAGGAGACUCUGGAGCUGCGCUGCUCUCUGCUGGACUGGAGGAUCCACGCUGGAGACUGGACACUCUCAGUGUGGAGCACGGUGGAGUGUGGAGGCUGAAACCAGCUCUUAAGAAGUAUGCCUGUGACCUCACACUGGACCCCAACACGGCCCACAGACACCUCUCUUUGUCUGAGGACAACAGGAAGGUGACGGGGGUUGGAGAGGACCAGUCGUAUCCGGAUCACCCAGAGAGAUUUCACCACUGGCCCCAGGUGUUGGGUAGAGAGGCUCUGACUGGCCGCUGUUACUGGGAGGUAGAGUGGGAAGAAUGGGUUUAUAUAGGAGUGAUAUACAGAGGAAUAAAAAGGAGCGGAGGGGGUGGUGACAGUGGGCUUGAACUGAACAAGUCCUGGUGUCUUGAUUGUUCUUAUGAUGGUUACUCUGCCCGGUACAACGGUAUAGAGACAGCCCUCCCUCUCCGCCCCGCUGGCUCCACCAGAGUAGGAGUGUAUCUGGACCGGCCUGCUGGCUCUCUGUCCUUCUACAGAGUGUCCCCAGGUGGAGGAGGGUCCUCAGACACACUGACACUCAUCGACACCGUCUGGUCCUCCUUCACCCAGGAGGACCUCCUCCCUGGGGUCUGGGUAUGGAGGGGGGGGUCCUCAGCGUCUCUGUGUCGGUUGUAGACAAACACACACAC